AUGGAAAACCUAAUUAGGAGUGUGAUUCAAUCCACUCAAAGAAUUCAAGUUCUUGUUGAACCUGAUAUUCAAGAUGCAACAAUGGAGGACUUUCUCAACAAUUGCAUCGAAAAUAAUGCUUUGGCACAGAAACGUGAAGAAGAGGAGGCAAUGGAAGCUGAAGAACAACAUAUUAUUUCUGAUUCUGAAGAACCGGAUCAAGAUAUUGUUGGAACACUUAUGGGAUACACUGCUGAAACAGUGGAGGAACUUCUAGGUUUCUACGAAAAACAUGCUAGUGAGGUUGGGUUUUCCAUAAGGAAAGGAAACACGAAAUUCAAAGUUGGGACAAGAAUCGUGCUUGAAAAGACAUAUGUUUGUUCAGCAGCAGGAGUAACAAACAAUGGAAAGAACAAAAAGAAAAAAGUGCAAACAGUUGUUCCUGUGGUGCCCAAAAAAGAGAGAAAACCAAGGCAAGUUUCGAUCACGAGAACUCAAUGUAGGGCUUGCUUGAGAGUGAAAAUGAAUUCUGAAGGCAGAUAUGAGGUUGUUAAUCAUGUGAUAAUGCACAACCAUGAUUUAACUAGAAGUCAAUGGCACUACUUGCAUAGAUCUGAAAGGCAAAUAACGGAAGAGAAGAGGGAGGCAAUUGAAACUAUGCAAAAAUCUGGUCUGUCAUCCACGGCUUCCUUUAACUACAUGGCAAUUGAAGCUGGAGGUGAAGAAAAUUUGGGACACUCGAAGAAAGACCAUCUAAAUUACUGCACGAGGUUAAAAAUGAAGCAAAUAGAAGGUGGUGAUGCACAAGCAGUAACUGAAAUAAUGUAUUUAGAGCUUGAAGGUGACCCAAACUUCUUUUUUAGAUUUAGAUUGGAUGAAAAAGGUAAAUUGAGGAGUUUGUUUUGGAGGGACUCUAUGUUGAUGGAAGACUAUGGAAUUUUUGGAGAUAUAGUGGUUUUUGACACAACGUAUAGAACAAAUAGGUAUAACCUAAUUUGUGCUCCAAUAGUUGGAAUAAACAACCACUGGAACAAUUGCAUGUUUGGUUGUGCAUUCAUAGGAGAUGAAAAGAUUGAGUCGUUUGUGUGGCUUCUACAAACUUUCAAAAAGUCAAUGGGGGGAAAAAGUCCAAUAUCAAUCUUUACAGAUCAAGAUGCAGCAAUGAACAAUGCCAUCAAUCAGGUCUUUCCAGAUUCAAGACACAGAUUAUGUGUAUGGCAUUUGCAUCAGAAUGCUAUUACCAGAUUUGGGGCAUUGAAACGAGAUCCAACUUUUAAGAAGACAUUCAACUAUUGCUUGUAUAAGUGUGUCACAGUAGUUGAAUUUGAAACCAAUUGGAGAUCAAUGCUGCAACAAUAUGAGCUGAUAGGGGAAGAGUGGUUUACAAAUGUAUACGAUUUGAGAGAAAAAUGGUGCCCUGCGCUAAGCAAAGACUUCUUUUCAGCUGGGAUUUUGUCUUCACAACGAAGUGAAAGCACUAAUCACGCCAUCGGAUUUAGAGCAAACAGAACAACCAGUUUAACUGAUUUCUAUAGAUUGUUCAAAGGUACAAUACAACGUUGGAGAAGUACAGAAAAGCAAGCUGAAUUCUCUUGUAGUAAAUCGGUUCCAUCCUCGGCUUUACCACUAUCUGGAUUGCUGAAACAUGCAUCAGAAGUUUACACGUUGUCACUAUUCAGAGACUUUGAGGAGGAAUUUGGAUAUUCAAUUGCAACAACAGCAAAAUUAAUUUGGAAACAAGAAAAUACUGAGUUCUAUGCUGUGUCCAUUGAUGAAGAACCUUGGUCUGCACAGAGAGUAACAUACAUCCACGAGAGCCAAACAGUAUCAUGUACGUGUAAAAACUUUGAAGCUUCAGGAUGGUUGUGCUACCACUGCAUUAGGAUAUUGCACCUUCAUUCGGUUAACCGGAUUCCAGAACAGUACAUCAAAAAGAGGUGGACAAAAUCUGCCAAGUCAUCAGUUUGGAACAAAUUAGAAAAUGAAAAACCAGAAGAGGUGCAGUACACACCUUGGCGCGUCAUUAAAUGUUUCAAACACUGA